GCAUAUAACUACCGGCUUCCGCUGGCAUGGCUGCCAUCGGGGUGCACUUUGGAUAUACAUGUGCCUGUGUUGCCGUAUUCAAGGACGGGCGAGCAGAUGUGGUGGCCAAUGAUGCAGGGGACAGAGUCACACCAGCUGUGGUGGCAUACCGAGACACUGAACAGAUAGUGGGAAUUGCUGCUAAGCAUGGAAGAAUACGAAAUGCUGCCAAUACUGUUGUCAAAGUGAAGCAGAUCUUGGGCAGAUGCUAUGAUGACCCAGAGGCUCACGCACACAGAGAAGAAAGCAAAUGCAUUGUUGUCAACAAAAGCGACCUGCCCAGGUAUGAAAUUGACACGGGAGAGACAACCAAGUAUGUGUCUCCUGAAGAUGUAGCUAAACUGAUCUUCCAUAAAAUGAAAGAGACAGCCCAGUCAGCCUUAGGUUCAGACGUGAAAGAUGCAGUCAUAACAGUGCCUUUUGAGUUUGGAGAGAUACAGAAGAAUGCACUCAGGCAAGCUGCCGAAGGUGCCGGUUUUAAUGUUCUUAGGCUGAUACACGAGCCCUCUGCUGCUCUUCUAGCCUAUGACAUUGGACAGGACUCACCGUUAGGAAAAAGUCAUGUCCUGGUGUACAAACUCGGAGGUACAUCGCUCAGCGUCACCAUCCUGGAGGUGAACAGUGGAAUGUACCGUGUCCUCGCGACACAGACGGAUCACAGGACGGGAGGAGAGAGUUUCACGCAUGAACUGGCAAAGCACCUUGCAGUAGAGUUCAAAAAGACAUGUAAGCAGGACGUGACUGGUAACCCCAGAGCAAUGCUAAAGCUCAUGAAUAGUGCUGAUGUGGCCAAACACACACUCUCCACCCUGGGCAGUGCCAACUGCUUUGUGGACUCACUCCAUGACGGAAUGGAUUUUGAGUGCAAUGUGUCCAGAGCCCGUUUUGAGCUGAUAUGUUCUGGACUCUUUAAUAAGAGCAUUCAGCCAAUUAAGAGUCUCCUUGAGCAAGUAAACCUCUCCACCUCAGAUGUCAAUAAGGUGGUCUUGUGUGGAGGCUCAGCCCGCAUUCCCAAACUACAGCUGAUGAUUAGGGAUCUGUUCCCAGACGUGGAGCUGUUAAACUCCAUCCCCCCAGACGAGGUGAUUCCAGUGGGUGCUGCCAUGCAAGCUGGCAUCCUGGUAGGAAAAGAGAGCCUGGCACUUGGAGAAGAUUCCAUCACUGUAGACUGCUGUGCCAGUGACAUCACAGUUAAGGAGGUGGAUGACUCCGGAACGGAGGUUUUCACAGUUUUGUUUCCAUCUGGUACACCUCUCCCAGCCCGCCGACAACACACACUACAGGGCCCCGGCAGCUUGUCUUCAGUGCGUCUGGAGCUGUACCAGGCACAGCAAGCAAUUGCACAGAUUGUACUUAGAGACCUGGAACCUAAAGAUGAGAUGCAUGACAUUGUUAUGGUACUAACAAUGAAGAGGGACGGCUCACUGCAUGUUACAUGCACAGAACAGGGCAGCAGCAGAUCUGAGGCUAUUACCAUAGAAACAGCUGCGGCAGCAUCUUAACCUUAAAUCACGUUGAUGUGGAAAUUCCGUACUGUAACCUAAACACCUGCACAUUAUGAUGUUUGAGGGUUUCCAAUGUUGUUUAUGCUAGAUCUCUAUAGAUGGAUUCAAGCAAAACAAGUUAUCCCACUAUAUGAUGAUAAAUUCCUGUUUCGGUUUGAAUUAAUAUCCAGUUUUAAUUGUAAACUCUCUUUUGCAUUUGUUUUUAUCAGCCGUCAUCUUGUUCUGUUUCCUGAAGUAAGGUUAAAGGGAUAGAAUUGUCAUUUUUGGGUGAACUAUCAUAAUUUACUCACCCUAAUGUCCCAAAUGUGUAUGAGUUUCUUCUGCUGAUCGCAAAUUAAGAUUUUUAGAAGAAUAUUUCAGCUCUGUUGGUACAUACAAUACAAGUGAAUGGUGACCAAAACUCUGAAGCUCCAAAAGCAAAUUAAGGCAGCAUAAAAGUAAUGGUAAAAAGACUACAGUAAACCUGCUGGUCAAAGACAAAAGACUUGUACACUGGCAUUAAAGGGAUAGUUCACCCAAAAAAGUAAAAUCCAAGAUGUGCAUGACUGACUUUCUUCUGCUGAAUACAAAUGAAGAUUUUUAGAAGAAUAUCUCAUACAAUGCAAGUGAAUGGGUACCAAAAUGUUAAAGCUCCAAAAUGACAAAGGUAGCCUAAAAGAGUCCAGUGGGUGUUACUUUUUUAGUAUCAAUCUCCACUUUCACAUUCUUUUACUUUUGUUUUUGGCUAUUUGCUGCUUCAUACAUAUCACCACCUACUGGACAGGGAGGAGAAUUUAGAGUAAAAAUGGACUUGAAUAUUGAUCUGUUUCUCACCCACACCUAUCAUAUCACUUCUGAAGAUAUGGAUUAAACCACUGGAGUCUUGUGGAUUACUUUUAUGCUACCUUUGUGAUUUUGGUACCCAUUCACUUGCAUUGUAUGGACCAAGAGAGCUGAGAUAUACUUCUAAAAAUCUUAAUUUGUGUUCAGCACAAAUGAAGAAGGCAUGAGGGUGAGUAUAUGAGAGAAUUUACUUUUUUGGGUGAACUAUCCCUUUAAUGCCAAUGUACAAGCCUUGUCUAUGACCAGCAGGUUUACUGUAGUCUUAAGUUCUUAUCAUGUGCCUUAACGCACCUGCUUCACAUGAUUAUUUUAAUCAGUUAAUGGGACUCGAAUGUGAUGGGCAAAAUAAUUGAAGGAUUUACGAUCGUUCACCAACAAAUGUUUUUGAAUGUUUUGGAGAGUACAGGUAGAUGUCUACAGUAUGUGUGGCUUACUGAUACUAUCUCAUGUUUUGUGUAGUCUAAUUGUACAGUCAGUCAGCAGGUGCAAAUUUACUAUGUUUGAAGCUGUUCACCGUUUUUGUCAUCUGAAACUAGUAACGCAAUAUAGAUAACAGAACACACAAUGAACCCAGAGUUUAUUUUCACGUCUUCGUCAAACGUGUAAUUACAUGUUGAAAGCUUUGAAUUUUAUGAAAGCUUACUUUUCUCACAAGACUUUAACUACGUUAUGCAGUGGCAUCCACUGUUGCAGACAGUUGUGUUUUUUUUUUUGUUUUUUGGAAUCAGUUACACGUAUUUUGUUUAAAAUUAAAUAUUUUCCUUUCAUCAACAACAGCCGUACAUUAAUUCAUU